AUGUCAGUGAUACUUCCAUGGCAAAUGCAUUACAAGGUUACACUACCAUUCAUAAUUAUUUUACUUUAUUGUGGUGUGAUAGGUUUAAUUUUCUUAGCAAUGCUUGGCAUUUAUUGUUUUGGGAAAAUGCCUAGCGAAAAAUUUGGAAAUCUAAAUAUAUGCUGGGCUUGUUUAGGUAUUUAUGUUAGAAAUUUUGCCGUAUUGACUAGGCUUCUUUCUUGGGUUGGUUUAUUAUUGAUGGCGAUUUAAGCCAUCAUUACAAUUACAAACGAAGAAUGCCAAACUGCUGUUCAUGAAUACAAACAAAAUAGAAAAAUAUAUUAAGUGGAAGGAGCAAUGUACGAUUCUUCAAUUUUAUUAAUUAUUGUCAAUUUAUGUUUUUGGGGAGCAACUCACUGCCUUUUACCCUCCUUAAAGCUUUUUUUAGAUUCAGAAUCCUUUUUAUAUGAACCAUUUGACAGAAGUAAAGGUUUGGCAUAUUGGUUUUGUUGUAUAAUGCUAGGACCUUGA